UUAAUCAUUCCUUUUGCUUCAGCUCAAUUCUCACGUAAAUCAUCAUGGUAUCAGAGUCUCGGUAAUUAACCAUGCCGAACGAAGAAGGUUUUGUGUCCGGCGAUAGUGCCGGACAAGGUGAAUCAAAUACAUAUGGAGAAAAUCGUUGCAAACCCAUGGCAAAAGUACAUGCUCCUGCGGUUGAAAACUCAAAAAUAUCACAGCCAAUUAAUCAUGUUGGGGACGGAAGUCUUAGAUAGUCCACACCUUUGCCAGGUUUUUCCGCCGAACAAUGGAAAUCUUUGAUUUCAACAUUUGGCAACCUUUCAUCCUCCUCUAAUGAUCGAAUGGAUGGUAAGUUUGAUACGGAUGCUUGGAUAAUUGAUACUGGAGCCACUAAUCAUAUCUGUGGAAAUUUGACUCUAUUAUGUCAGAUUAAAAAUAUUGAAUCAUGUACGGUUGGUCUGCCAGAUGGGCAGACGGUUAUGGCCAACAAAGCAGGACGUGUGAUUAUAUCAGACAAUUUAAUUUCAGAACAUGUUCUUUUUGUUCCAAAUUUAAAUUGCAAUCUUAUAUCUGUUCUUUUUGUUCAAUUCACUCAUAACGUAUGUGUUAUUCAGGACCGUCUCUCGAGAAAACUGAUUGGAACGGGUGAGGGGCGAAAUGGACUGUAUUAUCUACGGGAGGAUUUUACUGCUCGAGUUUUGACUGUUAGAGGAGGAGGUUCACAUAAUAAGAUUGUGGAAUUGUGGCACCAGCGACUAGGACAUCCAUGUUCAAAGGUGAUGGAAAAAUUAGAUCCUGUGAGUGGAAUAAAGAAUUCUGAGAUUUUACCUUGUGAUGUUUGUUUUAGAGCUAAAGAAACUAGCUAGGGAUCCUUUUCCGAUUAGCUCUAGUACAACUCAUGAUGUUUUUGAAUUAAUACAUUGUGAUUUGUGGGGACCUUAUCAUACUCCUUCAUGUGGUGCUAAACAAUUUUUAACUAUAGUGGAUGAUUAUUCUCGAGCGGUAUGGGUUUAUCUUCUUUUGGAUAAAAGAGAAGUGUUUAAAAUGUUCUUGUCUAUCGUAGCUAUGGUUG